AUGGGAGCCGACGAGAAGACCAGAAGCUCCGGCGAGGUCGCCCGCCCUGAGGGCACCAUCCUACCCACCGUGAACCCGGAGGCCCAGAAGCCUGAGCCCCCGAAGUCCACUAUCCACCCGGCUGUCUAUGUUGCAACAUGGAUUGGUCUUUCCUCCUCCGUUAUUCUGUUCAACAAGUGGAUUCUGGACACGUUGGAGUUCCGAUACCCCGUAAUCCUGACCACCUACCACUUGACCUUCGCGACUGUCGCUACCCAGAUCAUGGCCCGCUACACUUCUCUUCUCGACGGCCGCAAGACGGUCAAGAUGACUGGCCGCGUCUACCUGCGCGCCAUUGUCCCUAUUGGCUUCUUCUUCAGCUUGAGCUUGAUCUGCGGUAACCUGACCUACCUCUACCUGUCUGUUGCCUUCAUCCAGAUGCUCAAGGCCACCACCCCUGUUGCCGUGCUGCUCUCGUCCUGGGUCAUGGGUAUUGCGGCCCCCAACAUGAAGGUCCUGAUGAACGUCUCGGCCAUUGUCGUCGGUGUCAUCAUUGCCUCGUUCGGUGAGAUCAAGUUCGUCUGGAUUGGUUUCGUCUACCAGAUUGGUGGUAUCAUCUUCGAGGCCAUCCGCUUGAACCUGGUACAGGCCCUUCUGAGCUCGGCUGAGUACAAGAUGGACCCCUUGGUUUCGCUGUACUACUUCGCCCCGGUGUGCGCCGCCAUGAACGGUCUUGUCGCCCUUUUCUGGGAGAUUCCCAAGGUCAGCAUGACCGAGGUCUACCACGUCGGUCUGGGAACGUUCUUCCUGAACGGCAUGUGCGCCUUCCUGCUCAACGUUUCCGUUGUCUUCUUGAUUGGCAAGACCUCUUCCCUGGUCAUGACCCUGUGCGGUGUCCUCAAGGAUAUCCUGUUGGUUGCCGCCUCCAUGAUGAUCUGGGGUACUCCCAUCUCCGGUCUCCAGGCUUUCGGCUACAGCAUUGCCCUGUGCGGUAUGAUCUACUACAAGCUCGGAUUGGACGCCCUCAAGGGCUACGCUGCUGAGGGCGGUCGCCAGUGGGCUGAGUUUGGCGCCACUCGCCCCGUUCUCCGCAAGGUCAUUGUGAUCGUUGCAGCCCUGUUCUUCAUCUUCGUCCUCUUCGGCGGUCUGGCCCCGAGCUACGCUACCGACUACGCUCCCUACGUGAACGAGGUUGCCUCCAAGUACGGUUGGAACGCAUGA